AUGGGGCGGAAAUCAAAGAAGUAUAAAGCUGACAAACAGUCGACAACUGACGACAUCAGAGAGCUUCUGCGGAGGCUUCAGGGAAUGAUGAAGCCUGUCAUGGCGCCCCUAUCUGACGGGCUAUCUUAUUCUUCCAGCGAAACAUCCCUCCCAGAUUUGGAGGAGCUGGCCACCAUUGCUGGAAAACAGAAAGCAGACAUACCGACUAAAAGGUCUGAAGGCUCACUGGUGAUGGAGGGAACACUGAAGGCACUCCUAGACAACCUCCGUCGCAAUCUAGCUGCCGACAUAAACUCCUUCAAAGAGGAGAUUAGCGGAGUGUCGAGACACCUCAAUGACACCGAGAUAUCUUUGGCCGCACAUGAAUCCUGCUUAAAUACCAUGGAACAAGAGAUUCGCGAGCUGCGGCAUGAGCAGGCCCAGACCCAGAACCGCAUGGCGAUGAUGGAGGACCGGAGAUGGAAGGAUGUUAAGAUUAGGGGCAUACCAGCCCAGAUCAGCGCGGCUGAAAUCCCUCACUUUAUGAGGAGGCUACUUACACACCUCUUCUCGGCCAAGCAAGCAAAAAUGAUGGCCCUAGACGGGUGCUUCAGACUACCAGCACCUACAUCGCGCUCUACAGAGGUGAAUGGGGAUGUUAUUGUCCGCUUCCAGAAUGGGCCAGACAGGCAAGUGCUCCUAAUGGCGCUACGAAACAAAUCACCAUACGACUUUGAAGGCCACAAGCUCACGGUUUACCCAGACCUUUCAAGGGCAACACUGGAAUGGCGCAGGUCCAUAAAACCGCUGACAACGGAACUGGUAUGGUAUAAUAUCCCCUAUAAAUGGAGCUCCCCAAAAUGCCUGCUAAUACCCCGAGAAUCAGGGAACUUAAAAAUCCAAGAGGCCGCGGAAAUAAACAACACCCUGCAACACUUGGGACUGCCCUUGACACUGAAAAGUUUGAUACCGACGACCUAA